CGUAGGUUGUUCCCCACAGGAGCGCAUGACUGAGGGCAGAAGGACUUGGCCAGAGCGCAGCACCACCACCACCACCACCGUCUGCCACCACCACCACGUCACCACCCCCCACCGUCGCUCCCUCACGCUCCCCCUCAACACCUUCCGACAAUGCACCUUGAAAUCCAAGUGGCGCUCAACUUCGUCAUUUCCUACAUGUACAACAAACUGCCACGACGACGAGUCAACAUCUUCGGGGAGGAGCUAGAGAAGGCGCUGAAGGAGAAGUUCGAGGGACACUGGUACCCGGACAAGCCCAUGAAGGGCUCGGCUUACCGCUGCCUCAAAGCCGGAGACCCCAUCGACCCCGUCCUGGAGAAGGCGGCGCGGGAGGCCGGCAUGGAGGUCCGGGAGAUCAAAGACAACCUGCCGGAGGACCUGGCCGUCUGGGUGGACCCCGGCGAGGUCUCCUACAGGAUCGGGGAGAAGGGACAGAUCAAGGUCCUGUACUCCGAGGCGGCGGAGUCCGCCACGCAGGAGGAGAACCUCGACAAGGAGGUGACCAAAACCUUCAACCCCGAGGCGCAGUGCUUCAAGCCCAUCGACAACCUGAGUUCGUCCCUCAGCAACGUGUCCAUCAGCCCCAAGUCCACGUCGCCGUACUCGGCCAGCUCGCCCACGCCGCCCUUCAAGCAGCGGGAGGCGUCGCCCAUCAACGCCUUCCUCAACAAGAGCUCCGCGCCCCUCACCUUCACCACGGCAACCUUCGCCCAGACAAAGUUCGGGUCGACGAAGCUAAAGACGAGCACCAAGCGCGCCAACCGCAUGUCGCCCACCGAGUUCUCUCACUACAUCAAGCAACGCCAGAUGAUCCAGCAGCAGCAACACGUGCAACAGCAGCAACAGCAGGCGGUUGCGGUAGCGACGGCAGGGUUCGGCAGUCAGUUCCCACCGUCCAGGCCUCGCUCCCUCAGCCCCAACCCGCCCCUGGAGCCCCAAGGGGUCUACUUCCCCGGGGGCGCCCCAGGGGGCGGGGCCUACAACCCCUGGGGCCGCGGCAUGUUCGACCAGAGCUUCACCUCACCGUCCUUUUUCACAGACCUGCUGCCCCCUGCCAGCCAGCAGGCGGCCGGACCCAAGUUCCCACCCAUGUACGAGCCCCUCAGCGGCAGCAUGAUGGGCGGGGCCGCCCCUGGCGCCGCCUCCAUGGGCGCCGGCGACAAGACGACAGCGCUGAACGAGGGCGUGAUGGGCGUGUACCCGGCGUCACAGUACCAGCACCUGCUGGUGGCCAACUAGAGGUCGGGCGGGCCAGCGCCACCACCAGCAGCCUCCUCCUUGUCUCCCUGACCCGCCACCCAACAAAAUCAAAAGGUGUCGCCUGAACUUGAGCGUGUCCCAGCAGGAGGAUGGGCGGGCGUGUGGGCGUGUGGGCGGGGCAGCUGGCUGCUGGCAGCCACCGCCCACACCCGCACCAGCAGAUCUGACACCACCUGCCAUAACCCUCACCUUUUAUAAUUUUGUACUGCCUCAGGUAUAGACGAUUUUGGUUCAUAGUAUAGUGACGAAUAUGCCCAUGUUUCAUAGAACAAUACAGAGUUGCCCAGGCGUAGCGGACUACAGGUGAUUGAAAGGUAGACUUUUCAAAGCCGAUGGUUGUGAAUCUGUACAUAGGUUAUGUUUGCCACAACAUUAGAGGGUUGCUCUACCGUUGACGCGGCACUCACUCUUCACACUUGUUGUAAGCAUGGAUAAGAUUACAUUGUUGUACAAUAUGUACCCUUUAUUAUCAUUAACAAAUAUGGCAUAUAUUUUUCUUACUUGUACAACUAUUAACUAACCGGUACGGUUUCUCUUAAGGUACGAAAAACUAAAUAAUUUUGUGAUAAGAUGUGUGAUAGAGGCGUGAACAGUAGCGGUCCAGUACAAAUACCCAAUCUUGUUAUCCUUAUAGGAAAGACUCCCGCCACACUCUUAUGAAGAGGAACAUUUCAACAAAAACAAACCAAAAGAUAAAACCAUAUCUCAUCAGUUUAACCCAAUCAGUCAUCACCGCGCUACUGUGUAACCAAAAAUUAAAUAAAAAAUGGAUUAAUAAUGAUACAAAAACAUAAAUUUAAAUGUGCUAGAACGAGUCUCGCUUUGCGAGGCUCUCUUUUUUGGGGGGCCGCCCCUCAGACCUGGAGUUUUGGGGGGGGUACGAUGGCCGUCUUGAGUUCUUUGGUAUCUGAUUAUAACUCCCAAUGUCCCGAGGAGCGACGUGUCCCACCAGGUGGCACAGUGCCACUUAAGAUGGCACGCAAUGCAACUAAAAGUGACACACGGUGGUCCUUGAGUGUUGCUCAAGUGGCACUUUUAUAUGGCUCUGGGAGCCGUUUUGAGGUGACACACACAGGGAUACUCAAUGUGCCAAAGUGCCACGAAGUGACACCCAAGGUGGUACAGAGUGGCACUUAAGGUGACAAGUUGGGCUCCAGGGUGAACACGGAAAGCGUGAGUGGGGUGGCCGGCUUGGAGAAAGUGCGCAAGAGAGAGUGAGAGAGAGAAAGAGACAUAUAGAAGUGGUUUUGAGGGUCUUUGAGGAUAGCGCUGAAUAUUUUGCUGUUACGUGUUUUCUCUCAUAUCGACGUAGAUGAGGGUAGAAACAAGUAGAAUACAUUGUAGAUAUAUAUGACUCGCGGGCCCUGUUGACGCCACGCGAAAAUUUUAUAUUGAAUGUUAUAUGUGUUAGUUUUCAGAAGUUUUCAGUGAUUGUGUGAAUGAUGGCUAAUAUUUUGGUAACAUUUCUACCAAACGUAGCGUAACCCAUAUUCUGUCUACAAAGAUCCUUUCAAACUCACCUUCGCCUCUUGUGUGGGUUUGGGUUGGUACGAUGACAAGUGUGUCUUAAGCUGGGAUGUGUUGAAGCUCAGGCUGCUUAAAACUACAGAUUUCGGCAGCUUUAAAUCAGCGCCGGAGUCGGGACAACGCCAGACAAAAAAGCCUAUAACAGGCCAAAAAGCCUGAACCAAAUAGCAUGCGCCAUUCGAGGCCAAAGAUAGGCCCAGAUCCUGGUAAAGAUGAGCGCAAGCAGGCUUAAAGAGCGCCAGGGUGUGGUCAGCGUGCGCCUGGCGAAGCUCCGCCAACUGUGGUGUGGUCGUGAGGCAAGCGGAGUCGCCUCCACUUCUCCUGAAGAUGCCUCGGAGUCUUUACAGAUUAACUCCCGAGGGUUGUCUUGAGGGUCGUUGGAAGGAACAUUCUGAGACUCCUGGAAGCCUAGAGAUCACCUGGAAGCCUCCUAGAGGCUGCCUGGAGGUCUGGAGGUCCGUCUCAUUGUUUAACAUGCCUCUGGUUGCUCCAAAAUUUGUUAUAAUAGUUUUAAUGGAAAGGGCAAAAAAAUAUAAAAGAAAUAAAAAUGCUGUCAAUGACCCACUGAAAUUUUUGCUAAAAUCUGGGUCUCACUUUUUUUUUUAUAUUUUUUUUUCUUCAAUAGUCCGGUGAUAAUCACUACUGUAAUUAAGAUUUGUAAUUAGACACGCUUGGGGUGUGCCAAGGAGGCGAGGGGUGCCGGAGGUGGAGCUGGCACUGUGGCUCUGUGGCCCGGGUUGGCCGCUGGUGUCUUAUCGAGUGCCACUUGAACACACACCUCCGGCACCUCGGCCCUGGCCGCCGCAGUCCUACAGGAAAACGUUAUGUAGUCAUACUUGCAUCUCCACUUAUAUUAUGCAGCCCCCCAUUCCUCUUUCAUAUAUAAAUUUUUGUCUUUCUAGUCACAAAGUUGCUACUAUUUUUCUAAACAGUGACGCCCAACCAGGUUGUCUGCAAGUAUAAUAUAAUAUAUUCAUUUUUAUAAUUUCUUAUGUUUUUAUUAUUGUGAAAGAAUUAAUAAAUGUGUAGUUUGGAAAUUUA